AUGAGUCCUCAGUCUCAGUCUCAAUCUCAGUCUCAUUACCAAACCAUCCUUCCCGCACCCGACGCCUCGGGAGGCCCUGGUGGUCAAAACCCAGAUAAACGGGUUGGUAAGCGGAGACGUGCCAACAGGCCCAAUGCCUGUGAGAACUGCCGUGUCAAAAAAGCCCGUUGCGACGGAAAAAGACCCAGCUGUUCAAAGUGUGAGAGAUGGGGCACCACCUGCGUCUACAGCGUCGACCAUGUGUCCAACGUAGAAAGGGAGCUCAAGGAGCACCGUGAUGUUCUCGAGCUGUUGCUCUCCCUGCCUGAAGACCAAGCCCUCGCUGCUCAUCGCCAGCUGAGAGGCGCGAGUAACCUGGCUGAUGUCUUGUCUUCGCUCCAGGGCAGUAUGCAUGGGAGGCAUAGACCUUCUAUUAUACAGACUGCCCAGGCCAUAUCCCCACCCACAUCAUCAAGCCUCGAGUUUGAGCUGACGGUACGGCAUCGCAUGGCGUAUCCCACCCUGUUUCCCUUGGACCUUGCCUCUCUGAGCGCCGAUCCCCGGUUGAGACCUGUUCAGAGAUCGUCUGGUCAGGGUCUUUUGCUUGAAGGCUCAUCUCCGUCUGACACCACUACAUCGCCUUCGACAUCAUCUAGUAAUAGCCACGCUACACCCAGCAAUAGUCAUGCUACACCCAGCACCCAGUCGUUUGAACAAGAGGAAGAGUCUGUCGGACCCCAUCGCGACACAUACUGUGACGACAGACUACACAGAUUGCGAAUCGGAUACUGGACCGGCGUAUCCAUCCAAGACCAAGUCGCUGCCAGUGCUAUUUCCUAUUACCUCCAAAGCAACCACACCAUUUUCGGCUUCUUCGACCCCAACCUUUUCAUACACGAUCUCGUCGAGCAUCGCCAUGACUACUGCUCCUCAUUUCUAGUGAAUGCCCUUCUGGCCCACGCCUGUCAAGGUUACUCGGUAGUUGACGAAACAGUCGGCGCCCUGAGUCAAGAUUUUGUAAGGGAUGCUGGUGUUUUGUGGCGCGCUGAGAGAUCGACCGACUCGCUUGUCAACGUAGCUGCUAUUCUCAUGCUGAGCGUUAGCUGUCAUCUACAAAGAUCAGACUUUGAUAGUCAGGAUCUUCUCGACGAUGGGCGCGUCAUGGCGGAGCGGAUGAAGCUCUUUGGCGUGCGGCAUACACCUGAAAAUGCAGCGUCGUUUGAAGCCAUGGAGCCUGAUGCGAAGCGUGCAACAGCCCACACAGCCUGGGGCGCAUACAGCUACCUCACACUCAACUCGUUCUGGGUCCCAACAAGACCCAUCACGUUCCCUCCCAUGUUUCCCGUUCCUGGUAGAAACGACCAAGAUAUGUUAGAUGAAAGGUUAGCAGUUCACUGGCCUCGACACUUCAUACCUGACUAUACAGGCAAAACGUUUCAAGCGCUGUGUGAGCUGUGGACCAUCAUGCAAGAGGUUGUGGCUGUUUACUUUGCGCAGCACGGUGGGACCAUGAGGAUUCCUCUGGCUUUUGUCGAGGCAAAGUAUCAGAAGAUCUUGUCUUUUACUGACUCUCUGCCGCCAGAGAUGUCAUCUAUUGAUCCACGCCAUAUGCCUGACCAUGUGCUGGCGUUCAACAUUCUAGUGCAUGUGGCCAUCAUAAACAUAUUUCACCCUUUUAUCAUGGAUCCCAAUAAUGAGAAACUUGACCCGGCUUCUCUCGAGUCUCCCAAAGCUGUUUUACGCGCCUCGAUAAACCAGCUGCAACGGCUCAUCCUUAUCAGCCGUCUUCAUCACCCGCACGCACACUCUCUCAGUGUUCUAAGCUCAGCAGUGGUGCACGUCAGCAACACGAUAAUCCGCGACGCAGCGCUUCAAAACCAAACUAUACAACCUGAUUUUAUCAUCACUGACCAAGACGAGCAGAACAACACUGACAGAAAUGCGAAUUGGUAUUUUUACUUUUUGGUAUGUCUCGCAGCAUGUCAAGACCUGGGCGCUUGCUUUCCUGUUUUUGAACCAGUUGGAAAGGGGCUACUGGCCAUGGCUCUGCGCGACGGUAGCAUGUCAGCCGCCGAGGCCAAUAGACUCAUGCGUGCUCUAGAAGGACAACGACCAAAGCCGGAAAAGAAGGAAGAGACAUUUGGGAGUUUUGUGCUGGAUUUUGAUCUAGAGGUUAAUAAACAGGGCGGCGGACAGGUAAAAGAUUUGGCUGCGCAGUUUGAAGAGUUUAGUAUGCACAGCGAGUUUACAGAGGGAGGUGAUUUUGUGAUCGAUUAA